GAGACGAAAAGAAUCCAGACCAGACAAGCUGCCGCGCGCCCAUCCAGACAGCGGCCUGGAUGCCUGGGAUGAGCGCGGGACGACGGUAGUACACGCGAGAGCUUGGCCGGGCCACGUAGCGGGGUUGAGGACACCGGUGCGCAGAUAUCUCCGCAGUCUAUAGCGGACAUAAACAAAUAAGCGCCCACAUUUUGCACACAAAGACCAGUGGCAGUGGCCCGUCUAAAUGCAUAUCCGUGAAUGAAAAGAGAGCGAGAGAGAGGGAGGGAGAAAUGCGUGUGCAGCCCUGAAUCUGUGCAACUCUGAUUGCACGAACGCAAGAAGAAGGUCGCCCUGACGGAGGUAAUGCACAACAAAUGGCUGUUCAAGCAAGACGCAGAGGUCCUUACAGCAUUUCCGUUUUUGGUAUUCAGCUCAUCUUUACCUGCUCUGCUGUUUGAAGACUGGCGCUCUGCAGGGCAGCAGCCUGCAGCUCAACAACUGGAGGGGAUAAUUUUAAAUGUUGAGAAUCAACGUUAAGACUUUGGUUUUGCUUUCUGAUUCUUAAGCACAUGGUACAAAAGUUGGAACUGAUUGUAUGUCUAUACAGCUGCAGUUCUUUGCUUGGACAGCAUGGAUGCUCUCUUUGAAUCCGGUUGACUGUCUCUCACCUCAUCCCCUCCUUCCUGUCUUUUCAGUAGAAGGAGGGUGGGGGAUUAGCGUGGUGUCCCCUGCCUCUCCUUGUAUGGUAGGCUAGUCUACCUAGUUACCACCGCUGUUACUCUUUUCCGUUGCCCUGUGCUCCUACUAACUGUACCCCUCCAUACCUUCUCCCUCUUCAUGAAAUCCUGUCAAAGCCUCAAGGAAGAGGUUUCCAUCCCUAGUCUUGGCGGGAUGUCACAGGAGGAAGGACGCAGGGCACCGGUGUCCCAGUCCUACUUUCACUCUCCUAACCCAGACCUGGACUUGACAGGAAAGAUUUAUAAGAGGGAGGUUGGUGGCAAGCCUUAUUCUGUGUUAGUGGACAAUAAAAUGGCAGCCAAGACAUCCAUGGGAGAUCAGAACAUUGGUCAACACCAACAUCAGCAGUAUUUCAGAGAAGGGGGGGCUGGGCAGGAGGUGGGGAUACAGGGGUCCCAGGCAGGCAAUGAUGGAUCCUCUGAUGAUACUGAAGAUGAUGAUGAAGAUGAGGAGGAAGAAGAGAAUGAGGAUGGUGAGGAGAGUUUCAAGCGUGAACAAAUCAUUGUGGAGGUCAACCUGAACAACCAGACACUUCAUGUAUCCAAAGGGGACAAUAAAACUGGAACCACAGUAGAUGACUCUGAAAGAGCUGGAAGUGAUGAUGACGACGAUGAAGAGGAGGAGGAGGAAGAAGAGGAGGAGGAGGAAGAUGAGAGCCCUGAGGAGGAUGAGGAGGAAGAUGAGGAGGAAGAUGAUGUUGAAAGUCAAAGAACGCGGUCAAAGAGAACCCGUCGAGGGUCUAGUAGUGCAGCUGCUUCCAGCCAGCCACGGAGGAAAAGUCUGCGAACAGCUCUGGGUGCUACCCCUGCUGGAAUGACCACCAGAGGGCGACGGAAACGCACAGAGCCUCCAAAGAGCAAAGGCAGGUCAGCUAGGUCAGCUCCCUCCUCUUCUCCUACUGUACCAUCAGGAGGGAAAGCAGAGGUGGAGGAGAAGGAGAUGCUGGCAUGUGAAAAAUGUCCUCGAGUAUUCAACACACGCUGGUACCUGGAGAAGCACAUGAAUGUUACACACAGACGAAUGCAGAUCUGUGACAAGUGCGGCAAGAAGUUUGUCUUGGAGAGUGAGCUAGCCUUGCACCAGCAGACUGAUUGUGAGAAGAACAUUCAGUGUGUUUCCUGCAGCAAGUCUUUUAAGAAGCUCUGGUCAUUGCAUGAGCACAUCAAAAUUGUGCAUGGCUAUGCAGAAAAGAAGUUCUCAUGUGAAAUCUGUGAGAAAAAAUUCUACACUAUGGCUCACGUCCGAAAGCACAUGGUUGCUCAUACGAAGGACAUGCCAUUCACCUGUGAAACGUGUGGGAAGUCAUUUAAGCGCAGUAUGUCUUUGAAAGUUCACUCACUCCAGCACUCUGGAGAGAAGCCCUUUCGUUGUGAGAACUGUGACGAACGGUUCCAGUACAAGUACCAGCUGCGCUCCCACAUGAGCAUUCACAUCGGACACAAGCAGUUCAUGUGCCAGUGGUGUGGCAAAGACUUCAACAUGAAACAGUACUUUGAUGAGCACAUGAAGACACACACAGGGGAGAAGCCUUUCAUUUGUGAGAUCUGUGGGAAGAGCUUCACCAGCCGACCCAACAUGAAACGCCACCGCCGCACCCACACAGGCGAGAAGCCCUAUCCCUGCGAGGUGUGCGGCCAACGCUUCCGCUUCUCCAACAUGCUCAAAGCACACAAAGAGAAGUGUUUCCGGGUCACCAGCCCCGUUGUUCUGCAGACUAGCGGCCCACCUGUGCCUGUCCGGAUCUUUUCCAACACCUUCUCCUCAUCUUCCUCAACCUCUGGCCCUGGGCCCUCAACUGCCACCCUGGCCACCACCUCAGCAACCAUGGGCCUCAACCCAACAGGAGGGUCUAUUCCUCCUCAAGGCACUGUGGGGCACACAUUUUCCCAUGUGCCACUCCACUCAGCGCCCUCUCACCAUCAUCCCCACCCCUCAUCAACCCAGCAGCACCUCUCAAGCACACCCCAACAUGCCCAACCUCACCCCCACCACCACCUAGCAGUGCCCCCUGUCUCCCACCUCCCCCCACCUCCAGCUCUUUUUAAGAGUGAGCCCCUAAACCACUGUGGGCACGAAGACAGCAGCUACCUGCACCACAUGGCCCCUCCCGAUAAGGGCCCCGGAGCCCCGCAGCACCACUGAACUGUGCUGCUGGUCUGUAGGCCAGCACCAAACCGCGCCUUGUUCCACGUCUUCUCAUAGUCCUGCCUCAGUUUUUUAGUUUCAAGGCCCCCAAAGCCAUGUCUACAGAGAAGGCGUAGCGUGACCAGCACCAUUACUCAGUAUGUGUCUACACAGGAGACUUCAGGCACUGAAAUCAAAUGUGUGUUUUAUAAGUGCUCAGAGUCCAAUAAACAGCACUGUAAUUACGUGCUUUUGUUUAAAACAUUUGUGUAUAUAGUGCAAGUAAAACACAAUGCAUUACACAGUUGUGCUAACUGUUAUGAGUACUUAUCUUUUUCCUAUUAGAAAAGGAUGAGAUGGAUCAUGAAAAAUGUGGUUGAAGCUCUUUCUGUGUGGACAUAAAGCAAAGGUGCUCCUGUCGAACAGAUUCAUGUAACUCAAACUAAACUUUACACACCCCUGUGUGUUCUGAAGAUACAGACUUAUGUACCCUCAGUGUACACAUCAUGUAACACCUCUACUUUAAUAUCCUGCUCAACUGACAAAUAUUUUCUUCAACAAUUUCUUCUACAGAAAACAAUUUUAGUGCAAGUUCUCAGUCUGUACAUUAUUUUCAUCAAAAGCUGCUGAUGGAAGUCGUCUCAUGUAUUACCUGGGCUUCACUGAUCAAAAGAUCAGUGUCACUGAUUUCUCCUUAUGUCAACUUGACCAUAGGGUUGCACAUUGGUCAGGGCUUGAGCUUUCUGUGCAGGUCCUCCCCAUAGCAAUACUGCACCUGUCCUCCUAGUUGUACUGCAGAGCCUUGGGGCCCCACAGAAACGUUUAAUGAAUGUUGUAACUGGUUCUACCUGAGCCUUUCUCUGUCUUAAGGUCAAGUCCUGGCCUUUCUGUCAGAGGGGCAACAGAAGUUGUGCAAGAUGCAGUGCCAUAGGUUACAGUAAGGAAGGGGGGAGGAACUUUGUAAAAGGACAUUUGGUCAAAAGAUUUUGUAAGUGGUUAAUUGAAUCUGGACUUGGUCUGAGAUUCAUUACAUGAUAAAAUGGUGCUUUCCAUUCCAGUACAUGAAAUGUUUCUUUUGUUUUUGCUUUUUUCUUAAUUUUCAGAAGUAUGAACUACAUAAUAACAUUGUAUUGUGUCAUACAGAACAUGUCUUGCCAGUUGAGCUUUUCUACUGCGCAUCCAAGGUUUGACUAGAUAUUUUGCGAUCAAGACAACUCUAGUUAUGCAGGACAUUGCCUAGGCGCGCACACACUCACUCCUCACACUUUUUCAAGCACACGCAUACACACAAAAGACCACAUGGUCACUGAUUUAUUUACUUUAAUCAGUGCUGCCUCAGCUUUCAAUACUGUUGGCCAACAGAAGCUUUUAGAUAACGGAUGACUGUCGAGUACUGCCACUGUGAGGGGCCAACCACGUGGCCCCAUCAGGAUAUAUCCCACCUCCCUUCGCUGCUGUCGAUGAUACGGGUUAUCAUGUUAAAGGUCAAUUGACACACACACACAGUAUACACAACUGGGACCUUUACUCAUCAAAGUUCUUAAUGGGAAAUUAUGCAUAUUCCUCUCAGCCUAUAUUCCACGGUUUGGUGUGGGGUGGCGUUACUUUUUUAUUUUCUUUUGUACUUUGAUCGUACUGACAUACUUUGAUCCACACAGGCAAAUGCAUGUCUAAAGUUGCUGAAAGUUGCCUACGCAGAAUGAUGGCCGAUAACUCAUAUGUAUGUUUUUUUUUUGUUUUUUUUUUGUUUUGUUUGUUUUUUUUGUUUGGGGUUUUUUUUUAUUAUUUAAUUUUAAUGUCUUCUGCUCAGUUUUAAGCUAAUGAAUGCUUCUGUCAUGUAGAUAUACUGUUAUUAGCACAUGAUAGGAAAUGACAGGAUAAGAAGCAGUGGUCAUACAACUUCUAAUACUUGGAAUUCUUGUAUAGAUAAGCAUAUGUUUGAUCAAAUCAGCUAAAGAAAUUACAUUUAUUAAUGUAAUAGCCAACAGUGUGAAUGUUACUUGUGUAAAAGAAGAAAAAGGUUGGCUUGCGUUGGAAUGAAUUUUGGAUUGCUUGGUUUUCCCCUUCAUCCAGUCUGAUCGUGUGUUUAGAGUGUGUCUGUGUGCAAGUGUGUAUGAGUGCAUGCAGUCUGUGUCUGUCUGAUUGUCCCCAGUGCUCUUGUACCAAAAGCUGCUUUUACACAGUGUGCCCCAAUGUACGCCUAUUUUGGGAUACCUGACCUGAACAAUAGCAGUAAAUCUACCACGACCCUCUUUGUGUCAUUCUAAUGGUGUUCAGUCUGAAGUGGUUAAGCUCCAUUGUUUAGUCUCUUUUUGGAUUUGAGACCUGCAAUUAUCCUGCCAUUUCUGUGGGUCUUAAUACUGCUGCAUUAUUUGCUUAUCAUCCUGUCCCCUCUGGUUCACUGCUGUGAUUCAGCAUUUUGCAGUAUGGAUUUUUGUCUUUUUUUUUUCUUUUUUAAAAAAGCCUUUUCACUUGUGUGUAUUCUCUGCACUUUACUGCUGCGUGGGUGAGGCGCAGGGAAGGGAGGGAGGGGUGGGACUGACAAUGCAUUGUGGAACAGAGAGCAGUUGUGGCUGCACGGGAAAGGGCGGAGAUGGAGGUGAUUACUUUGAGUGGAUGUUUUUUAGGCAAGGAAAGGAGGAGAAUCCCAGGUGGAGGUGGGUAGUGUGAAUUGGACCAUGGCAAAAUAAAGAACAUUUUCUUUCAGUGUCUGCUCAAAUCAAAUCAUUGAAAUACACUUUUUGUUUUCUCCAGUAUGGGCUCCCUUUAACGUGAAAGGGAUGUUCCUCCUGCUUUGGCGACUUUACACUAGCCCCUCCACGCACUUCUUUGUUUUUAUCAGUUCAUGGAGUUUUCCCCCUUUUCUGUGUCAUGUCUUGUUUUCUCGGUUUGCAGAAUGAUUCUCCUCCUCCUUUCUUUGUUAUAUAGAAUGCACUUUCUACUAAAUUUCUUGGGUAGUUAAGGAAAAAUAACAUUGUAUAUUCUUUAAAGAUGUUUUAAAAAAUCAAUAUACUUUUCCCCUUUGUAUUUUUAACCACUUAAUGUAGCAUUGCGUAUUUUAUUAUUGUAUCUGGUACAAAAUGUGCAGCUUUAUGUCCUGGUUUGUCGUCUUUUUUUUUUUCUUUUUUUUUUGUAUGUUAUCUGGGGAUUGAGGAGAAGUUGGGGGGGGAAAAAAGUUGGGCCUUUUUUGAUAAUGUACAUUUAACUGACUGCUAACUUUAAAAGUAAAAACAA